CUCUGUUUCUGAUUCGUCGUCGCCUUGAUGUGUUUGAUUAUGGAUUCUGAGGAUGAUCACCACAACAACAAUGACGGUACUGAUGUUUUAUCGCCGCCGUUUAACUUCUCCAUGGUUGAAGAUGGUAUUUACCGAUCUGGGCUUCCUCGACCUGAUAAUUUCGCUUUCCUCGAUACCCUAAACCUUCGUUCCAUCAUUUAUCUCUGCCCUGAACCAUACCCAGAGGAGAAUCUCAAGUUUCUUGAGGCUAACAACAUUAAGCUUUUCCAAUUUGGUAUCGAAGGCAAAACGGAUCCUCCUACUCCCAUGCCAAAAGAUACAGUUUUGGAUGCUCUCAAAGUCUUAGUUGAUGUAAGAAACCAUCCAAUUCUCAUUCAUUGCAAACGUGGAAAGCAUAGGACAGGUUGUCUAGUGGGAUGCUUAAGAAAAGUUCAGAGCUGGUGCUUAUCAUCGGUGCUCGAGGAAUACCAGAAGAACGCGGGUUUACAGUGGAGACAAAGGGACUUGAAUCUUAUAGAGGCGUUUGAUAUAGUGAGCUUGAGAAAGUGUCUCUUGAGCAUCAUGUAUCGCUAUCACGGUUAUGGCUUCAAGAGGAGAAGGUUAGCGUAUGAAGAAGAAAAGGUCCAGACACCAAAACCGCAGGCUGCUAAAGUUUAACAAGAGAGGCAACCAAAUUGCGCGGUAUGUGUCUCAUGUUUUUUUAAUAUGAGUGAGUUCCGAUUCCAUAUGAUCGCUGGAUGCAUGAUUCUUUUAGGAGGAUAAGAUAUUAGUUUAUCCCAAAAUCCAGAAACUUUGAUUUGGUUUUACAAGAGAUCGAAAUGUACAGAUAGGGUUUAUUCUUGAUUACAAACUGUUUCAGUUCAGAAGGGGUCAUUUUGUACUCGAUGAUGACAAAUAAUGCUUAUGUUUAAUUGCAAUGUCAACUGGUAAAAGUUGCUUUAUCUAA